AGCAGCUCCUGGCCUGACACUGAGAACUUAGUGUCUGCGAGUCACCAAGAACCUCUAUCUCCACCUCCUCACUGCAGCUCCCUUCCCUCGAGAGUCCAGCCACCCCACCCCACCCCCAGUGCCCCAGCCCCUUGCCCAGUAUCCAGCAUCCCUUGGACAGACUCCGUUGCGGUAGCCCAUCCCCUGCAGCCGUCCACACAGCAGCCACCUCCUCAGGGCCAGCGAAAUGCAGUUUGAGAUGCACGACAACGUGAAAGGCAAAGCCAUGUCUUAUCCAGUGACCAGUCAGCCUCAGUGUGUCAAUACCUGCUACCAGACACAGCUCAGCGAUUGGCACACGGGCCUCACCGACUGCUGCAACGACAUGCCCGUCUGUCUGUGCGGCACUUUUGCUCCACUGUGCCUCGCCUGCCGCAUCUCUGACGACUUCGGGGAGUGCUGCUGCGCGCCGUUCCUGCCCGGAGGCCUGCACUCUCUGCGCACAGGCAUGCGGGAGCGCUACCACAUCCAGGGCUCCGUUGGGCACGACUGGGCUACCCUCACCUUUUGCCUGCCCUGCGCCCUCUGUCAGAUGGCACGGGAACUGAAGAUCCGCGAGUAAGGACGUCGUCUCCGGAGUCCUUGGUCACGCCUGGCCUCCUGGGGGGGGGGGGUGCCCUUUGGAAAGCCUGUCCCACUGCCCCUGUGCCACCGCCAAAAAAAUACACCCACAAUAAAAACCGGAAAACCAA